CAGCAGCAAGCAGUCGAGGCUGAAGCCUGAGCCCGCUGAACACCUCCACACAUACACACACAUACACGCAAACACACACACACGCACACUUACGCACAUACACCAAAAGGAGAGGGAGACCAGCUGUACUCCUGAGCCAUGAGUAGCAUCGGAUAUGACCACUUCUACUCCGCCUCGCCGUCCAGACGCUGGUAUGUGGAGGCCCCCCCUCGUGUCGCCGUGAGCAGGGGGAGGACGCACUCCGUCUACUCCUCCCAUGCCUCCCCACUGUCCUCCUCCCGUCUGCAGUACCCCUCUCCCGGGCGGGUGAGGUUCUCCUCCUCCUCCUCCUCCUCCUCACAAGCCGCCUCCCUGGAGCUGGAGCUUAGCCAGGCCGCCCAGAUCAGCUCCGAAUUUCGCACCGUGCGCACCCAAGAGCGGGGCCAGCUGCAGGACCUCAAUGACCGCUUCGCCGGCUUCAUCGAGAGGGUGCGUGAGCUGGAGCAGCAGAACCGCGCUUUGGAGGCAGAGCUGCUGCUGCUGAGGCAGAGGUACACGGAGCCGUCCCGCUUGAGAGCGCUGUAUGAGCAGGAGGCCCGCGCCCUGAGAGCCGCUGUGGAUGAGGCCAGGGCAGAACAACAGGCUGUCCUGGGACAGAGGGAGCAGCUGGAGCAAACCCUGAGCGCCUUGCAGGGUCGAUAUGAACAGGAAGGACUGGCUCGUGAAGAGGCCGAGGGCCGGCUGAUGGACACCCGCCACGAGGCAGACGAGGCUGCCCUGGCUAAGGCUCAGCGGGAGAAGAGUGUCGAAGCUCUUCUACAGGAGCUGGCCUUCCUCAAGAGGGUUCAUGAAGGUGAGGUGGUUGAGCUCGAGGCCCAGGUCCAGAUGGGUGUGCAGGUGAGAGUGGAGUCUGAGGCCGCAGCUCCAGACCUCUCUGGAGCACUCAGGGACAUCCGGUCCCAGUAUGAAAGGCUGGCGGCAAAAAACAUGCAGGCUGCCGAAGAGUGGUUCAGGGGGAAGGUGGGCUCCAUGACAGAAACUGUGGCUCAGCACAGUGACGCCGUGAGAAACUCCAAGGAGGAAGCAGGAGAGUUACGACGCCAGCUCCAGGCCCGCCUGCUGGAGAUCGAUGCAUGCCGAGGCCUUAACGAAUCCCUGGAGAGGCAGCUGCACGAGAUGGAGGACAAGCAGGAUGCUGAGAUGGAUGCUAUGCAUGACACCAUUGCAGAGUUGGAGAGUGAGCUGAGGGGCACCAAACAUGAAAUGGCCCGCUAUCUGAAAGAAUACCAGGACCUUCUGAAUGUCAAGAUGGCACUGGACAUUGAGAUUGCCGCGUACAGGAAGCUGCUAGAAGGGGAGGAGUCUCGUUUCAGUGUAGGAGGGCCUGCGAGUAUGUCCUCUCUCUACAGCCACAGCCUCUCAGCACCCUCCAUCGCCCGGCCCUUCCUCUCCAGCCUGAGCUCUGGCCCCUCCUACCUGAUGACAUCACUCCUCUUCAGCUCCAGCUUCAGCACCACUGAGGGGCUCAUCUCUUCCAGCCACGCCCAGCAAGCAGAGGCCAGCCCACCUGGGGAAGAGGAAGAGGAUGUAAAGGAGGAAGAGGAGAAGAAGGAGGAAGAGGGAGGAGAACAAACAGAGGACACCAAAGAGGAAGAGGAGAAGGAAGAGGAUGACGGAGGGGACGAGGAGGAAGGUGAUAAAGAUCAAGCAGAUGAAGAAGAAGCUAAAGGAGAUGAAGAGGCUGAGGGAGGAGAUGAGGAGGCCAAGGAGGGAGAAGAGGGUGAUGAGAAGGAGCAAAAGGAAACGGUGACAGAUGCUGCCAAAGAUGAGGAAGAGAAAGAAGACACAGGAAAAGCAGAGGAGUCUGAGGUGAAAGAGGAAGCCCAACAGAAGGUAAAAACAGAAAUAGGCGAUGACAAAGAUGGGGAUGCAAAAGAAGAAGAAAAGACGCCAAAUGGCCAAGGAGCCAAAAAGGAGAAAGAGGAAGAAAAAGUAACCAAACCGGAAGCUGCAGAAGAAACAAGCACAAAGGGCAAAAAGUGAGACAGAAUCUUCCGAAGACUUCAACCAUGACUGUGCAUUGGCUCGAUAGCCAGUCGCGGCAUUAGAUGCUAUCCUCUUCAAUCCUCAAUGGUGCUCAAUAAAACAGUGCAAGCGCCAUUUGCAGCAACAAAUCAAGGUUAACUGCUUGCCAAUAUUAAGAGUAGUACAUAAAGGCCUGUUUGCAUACUUCCUGAUGAGUAUAAAAUGUGUAAUUGCUGAUUACAAAGGGGAGUGUGAAAAUUUGGUGGUUUAAUAAACCCCUCUUAAAGCA